AUGAUGAGCUUCGAGGAUUACUUCUCGUUUCAGAUUUUUUUCAUCUUUCUCAGAGAGUCGCUAGAGAUAGUGGUCAUCAUCUCCAUUCUUCUGGCGAUCGUGAGGCAGGCCUUGGCGAUUGAUGGAGAUGAAGCUUCGGCGAAUAUAUCCAGUACCAGCAGGAAUUUGAAUUCUAUGCCCGAUUCUGUGCCGCUCACUCUGGAAGAAGAGGAAGAAGAAUUUGAAUUUCCUAAUGAUACAUCGACCCGCGAUCAAGAAGGUACAGAUGAAGUUGAUAACAAGAAACUUUACUCCAAAUUGAAACUACAAAUUGUUUCUGGUGGUGUUUUGGGACUUUUGUUUUGUAUGCUGAUCGGAGGGUCUAUUAUAGUGGUGUUUUACCAUAUUGGUACGGACUUAUGGUCACUAGGGGAACAUUACUACGAAGGUGUUUUGAGUAUUAUCGCAUCCGUGAUUAUUUCCUUCAUGGGAUUGUUCUUCCUUCGUAUGGGUAAGCUACGGGAAAAAUUUAGAGUGAAAUUGGCAUCGAUCAUUUACUCCGAUAGAUCAAUGAUGCUCAGGGCUAAAGGUCAAGAUGCUGUCAAAUUUAGUGAGAAAUAUGCUUUUUUCAUCCUACCAUUUAUCACUGCAUUGAGAGAAGGUUUGGAAGCGGUGGUUUUCAUUGGUGGUGUCGGUCUUGACCAGCCGUUGUCCGCUAUUCCAUUAUCCAUGAUAACUGCAGCCUCUAUCAGUGGUAUCUUUGGUUUCUUCUUUUUCCGCUAUUCUGGUUCGCUGUCUCUCAAAAUUUGCUUAGUGGUGGCUACCUGCUUCUUGUACUUAAUCUCAGCAGGGCUAUUUUCUAAGGGUAUCUGGCAACUUGAACUGCAGAACUAUAUCAAUAAGUGCAAUGGACAGGAUAUGUCGGAAAUUGGUAGUGGUCCAGGAUCAUAUGACAUAAAGAACUCCGUAUGGCAUGUCAAUUGCUGCAAUGGUGAGAAAGAUGGUGGUUGGAUGAUUUUAACCGCUAUCUUUGGAUGGACUAACAGCGCGACGUACGGAUCUGUUAUCGGAUAUAACGUCUAUUGGCUGACCAUCAUUGCAAUGAUCAAAUUACUGAAGACUGAAGAGCAUGGGUACAUUCCAUUCCUUCCGGUUUUCCUGCAGAAAAAGCGCAUGAUCAAAAGAAUGGAAAUUGCUAAAAAGUCGCUACAAUUGAAGACUACUACUGACUCAACUGGCCAACCUCAACCCUUUUGCCCAAGAACAUCUGACGAAAGCUCCACUCCACUAGUCAGUCGAAGCCAGCCCGUGGAUAACGGUGCUAUCCAGCAAUAA